AUGGAAGAGGAGAUAGAAGAAGGUGAAAUUAUCGAUGAUUCACAGGACUUACCGAUAAAGCAGCCUAACAGAUCUCUUGAAGAGGCAAAUCCAGUAUGGCCAGUGCAAAUGCCUCAUUUAAUCUCGAAUUCACAUCUUUCUAUUGGCAAGAAUUAUAGCACAACGAAUUUAGUUCGUAGAACUAGAGUAGUAAAUUUGGUACCCGAUGGAUCGACCAGGCCACGAUUUAGCAAGAGCGGAAUAAAUCGAAGGAAGAAAUCAUUACAGAAGAAAAAUUUCAGCCCACUAAAUGAGCACGACACAGAGGAUGUAACAUUUGAAGAACUGUUGCUUAAGAAAGAAUUAUUGCAACAGCAACUACAGGCGGAAGUAAAAAAAGAAAGAGUUAAAACUGAAGAAACUAAUUUUAAAAAUAAAGCAAGAUUACAUGCAUCUUCAACCAUUGAGAAAGCAAACCACCCUCUAAUCACUGAUAUAUCAGCCGGAUCAAGCGUUAAAGAUCAGUAUAUUUCAGAUCAAUCUGUUCGACUCAAUAAUGGAAGUAAAGCGGGUGAAGAAUCAGCGUCAAUUCUCGAGCCCUCGGAGAUAUCGAUGAAACAUCCACAAAAUAAGUAUAAUAUGAGAAGCACGUGCAAAACUCCAGAAAAUAUACAGCAACAAAUAGUACAGUUGGAUCAAGAUCGAUUAGAUCAGAAGCAAAGGUACAAGGGUGCUGUAGCUGAUCCCGUUUACAAGGGUGAUACCUACAGAAUCUCAUCAGAGUGUGGUAGUAGGGAUACAAAUCUUAGAAAUAAAUUGAAAAAUCUUAAGAAAAGGCAAUUAACGAGAAAAAUAGCAAGAGCGCAGCGAAAAAAUAAGAAUGGAAAUAAAAUUCCUGGAUCGCACUUAGUUCCUGUUAAAAUUAACCGAGAUGUUGAUCAAGACAUAUUUAAAGAGAAAGCUAGAAUGAUAAAUUCUCCAACCAUUGACAACUAUGUCCAAGUUCCUAUGGAUGUGGAUUCGAACUCGGAGAUCAGUGACGAUAUCUCACUUAUUAAAAAUAAAUCUCAUAUCGGUUCAAAAUUUCAAGAUACGUUACUGAUGGAGAAAGCGAUUAACGAUAGAAACAGUGGUACUGCUGAAAGUGAUAGACCAGCUGAUACCAAAUUAGCAGAUGGAGAAUCUAUGACGUUUUUCUUAAUAGAUAUCCAGGAAGAUGAUGAAGAGAGCAUCGUUGCUUUAAGGAAUGCAGUCUUAGAAACAAUGAAAACUAAAUCUUUGGUUGCGUCUGCUAAAAUUACUGAAAAUACCAAAUGCAACAGUAAAAGUGAAUCUAGCGACAGUAGCAAUAUAACUGCUAUAGCGGAAACUGUUAAUCCUAUCAUCAUUCCUCUAAUGGACAGUGAUAGCGACAGUUAUUCAGAAUCAGAGGUUAAAUCAACGAGCUUAGAAACUUCAGUUUCUAAGGAUAGGAAGGCCUUUCAAUUAAGCUUGGAUGCCAUGAUUAAAAAGGCUAGAAAUGCUACGGACAUAAUAAAAGAUAAAGCAAGGGUGGAAAAUUACGCUGAUACUGAAGCUAUUCAUACGCCGGAGCAAAUAAAAAAUUUAAAUCCAGAAAAACUUUCUGAAUAUUACAAGUUAAAGGCGGAAAUUGCUAGGCGAGAAAUGGCGAAAAAACCGCUCUCGGAAUAUGGUCAAUCUAAAAAGGGCUUGUUCGGUAUUGAAACCAAAAGCAGUAAUGAUAAGUUGAAAAUGAUUGACAGAUAUAGGAAAGAUCGUCUUGCUUAUCAGCGUUUAGAAACAAAAAUCAAGCAUGAGAUUCAAAGAUUGCAGAGCUCAGUGAAAAUUAAAGAAGCAAAAUCGAACAAGCUUAUUGAAAAACAGACACAAUUACAAGCGGCUAUUAAGCAACAUGAAAAGGAAAUACUUGAAAAAAAUGUGAAGUUAGAACGAAUUCAAAACUUUUCUAUAAAAUAUAUGGAAUUGAUUAAAUCACUUGAAUCAAAGCAACCUAAAGUAGCAGAAGAUUUGAACAAGGGUAAUAGUCGCGUAACUGCUGGAGUGGAAGUUGGAUCCAAUAAUAAAGCGGGUAUUACCCCGCUAGCUAGUGAAUACUGUAGUAGACUUACGAGUCUCUUAGACGAAGCAAAUGAAAUUGUCAAUAUACAUUGGUUGCGCCAAAUUGAUGUAGAAUUCUCAUUCGUUCAGUUGAAGUUACCUAUUUUUGAAAUAUUUGACCGACCUCUUGAGACAUUAGUUGACAUGUUAAAUGUCGAAGAAAUCGCAAUCGCUGCACCUACUCGUAUAGCAUUUAUCAAGAAAAGCCCGUAUAGAAGCUCUCUAAAAUGCUUUAGAUCGUAUAGAUUUAGUCCUUAUUUUCGUACUCAGAGCAAGUUAUCUGUUAUGUCGGAGUCUAUUUCACACAAAAUUGAUCCGAGUCGAAUCAUCUGUCCCUUUGACCUUCAAGGUGUUUGCAACGAUGACCAAUGCAAAUGGCAACACCUUUCUACUUCUACUUUAUCGGAACGAGAAAUUUUAAUGGAUUUAGCUUCAUAUUGCUCAUCUUUAACUAAAAAUAUUAUGGAAGACACUAUUACUACUACCGAUAGCAUUAGCAGAUUCGUUUCUGAUUGGUCACAAAAGUACAAAGUCCUAAAUACAGAAGAAAAAUGUUUACUUUUGAUCAAUCGAAUUAAUGAAUCCAGGAGAAAGACAUUAUACCAUAUUUCUUUCCAUGAACGUGCUUGGAAUCCUAUCAGCGGCUUUAGGGUGAUCCAAGGGAAUGUAGCCUCAGAUUACACCAAAUUUGUUCGGAGGAUGCUGCAUUCUACAAGCUCCAUUUUUCCGAUUACUUACAAAAGUGAGGAUUUUGAUAAUCUGCAAAAUGUACGAUAUUUUCCAAUAUCAGCACUUACAGAGAACGUCAAGACUCCAGCUGAAAGACGUAUUGAUGAUUGGAUAUGCUUAGCCGACUUAAAAUUAAAAAAAAAUGAUUUAGAAGGUUGCCAAAAUGUUUUAAGCCAUGGCUUAGAAGCUUAUAAAGAGUCUGAGUUGAAAGUAUUAGAUGAUAUCAUGCUCUUUUUAAAAUCUGAUACCAGUGAUAAAUCUGUCCGUUCACAUCGUUUUGUCGAAAGUAUUCUGUAUCGGAUUCAAUUAGAAAUUUUAACGGGUAGAACAGGAGCAGGGAAAUUACUGAAGGCCUUUAUUAAUCGGGAUGGUGAUGAUACUAUUAUACACUUUCUGACACCGAAUGAUCGAUGCUUCAUUUGGCUCUGCUUUAUUUAUUUGCAAUACAUUAAAACCCUUCCUUCAUCAAUUUUUGGUACAUUGAAUGGAGUUCCUGGUGAAUUAGUGUGCAAGGACUGCUUUUAUAUUCCGUGGCGAAAUAUUGUGGAUAUUGACUAUGAAUCUGUUUUGAAACUUUUUCAAAUGGGCCUUAAGGCUUCUUCUAAUGAUUUAAAUAAAGUUUCACGUGACGCUUCUACUUGCCUUCCGUUACAUAUUAACCUUCUGUAUUUUCUGUAUUCAUGCAAUAGGGUUGACAAAGCACUCCAGCUGUGUUGGCGUCUACUAGAAUCAAAUGAAAGCGUGCUUGAUCUAUGGCAUGUUUAUCUGUACUUACUUCGAAUGAAGAACCUUUCUGAUGUUGAAACGUCUUUUUACGUAAACCAGGUAUUUAAUAGAGCUAGUAAAGCUAUGCCUGGUCACUCAAAGAUAUAUUACAUACUAGGAAAGUUUUAUUUUAUGCAGAAAAAUUUGAGCGAGGCACUAAGAUAUCUUCGAUUGUGCGCUGUAUCGAAAUAUACUGUAAAUAAUUCGAACGAAUCGUCGUGUGAUGUCUUGGAUGUUCAUGCGCUUUAUAAAAAGCUGCUUGGACUACCUUUGCCAUACAACUAUCGUCUUCCAGAUUCUGCAAUGAAAAUUGAAAAUCCAGAUACCCAAAAUGACUUACUAUAUAUUUGGCUUUGUUACUGCCUCUUGUUAGAAAUUGAAUCUGUUGAAGAUCAAUAUAUAUGCGACGUUUUUGAGGAUUCUAUCGUAAAAACUAUGGCUCUCGAAAACAAGAAAGAAUUAUGGUUGGAAUAUAUGUACUUUCUUAUGCGAUCGCUAUCUAAAUGUUCAAGCGAAGAAGAUUUUGGUAAACGUUUGAAGGAUAUGAUCAAGAAGUGCUGGCGAUGUGUUGUAGUUUCUUGUCCACAUUCUCGCUCUUCACCUUAUCGAAAUGGUUCAAAGUGGAACGACUUUCGUUUUUGUAAUCGGAUUUUAUCUUUGCUGAUUAUCUGUUUACCGAAUUCCUUGUUCACGCAUUGUGUGGAAAGGUUUCUUUCCACCAUGCCACAAAAUGCUGGUUUAGUAAUCAGAAUUAUUACAUUUGAAGUUCAACAUGGUCGCGUUAAUCAGGCGCGAUGGUUAUAUCAACAAGCCACUGAAGCAGUACCUUUAUCGGCAAUACUCUGGAGAGAGUACAUACAGUUCGAGGUACAACACGAGAAUUUUCAGGCUAUUGAAGAUGCUAUCGAAAAGUGUAAACAUCAUGGCGUUUGCUUAGGAGAUUUAAAUACAACCUACAGCUUACUGAACCAAUUUGGCUUUAAGCGAAUCUAUCAAGACAUGGGAAAUACACAUAAUUGA